CGACGUCAGCGGCGCCUCGCCUCACGGGUGAGUAAUAAGAAUGCGCUGGAACGGGCUGGAAAGAGCUGAACUCUUCUCCCGGGGAUGACGUGAUGUUCGGGACGAAGCCACUCCUCCCGGGAAGGGGAAUAAAAGCCACGGGCGGCAGCAGCGGGACAGAUCGCUCCGAGUAGAGAACGGAGAGAAAAGAGCAGCAGCAGCAGCAGCAGCAGCAGCAGCAGCAGCAGCAAAGAUGCUUUGCCGGAUGCACCUCGCACCCUUCGCCUCCAGCUCCCUGGCCACCCGUCUGGGCACGGUGAGGACCCUCUGGCCUCACGCAGAGACCAUCUUCACCGAGCUGCAGCAGGAGAUGGAGAAAGCUCGGGAGUUCAUGAGCAGCUUCGAGCAGCUCCUGACCAGCCAAGGAGCCACCGCCAUGGAGCAAGCCCCGAACACCAGCGCGGCCCUGACCCAAAGCUCCGGAGAAGGCUUCUCCAUCUGCCAGGACGUGAAGAACUUCACUCCCGAGCAGCUGUCGGUGAAGGUGGUGGGCAGGAAGGUGGUGCUGGUGGGGCAGAAGGAGACGCAGAACGUGGAUGACAAGGGCUCCUUCUCCUACAAGUACGAGGUGCUGAAGAGGGAGUGGGACGUGCCCGAGGAGGUGGACGCCGAGGCUCUGACGUGCUCCCUGUCCAAGGAGGGGCAGCUGCGCAUCGAAGCCCCCCGGCUGGCCCUGCCGGCCGCCCCCGAGAGGAACGUGCCCAUCCAGGUCAGCUCUGCAGCCCCCGAGGACGCAGCCACCAAGAAAGCCUGAGUGCAACGGGAAGGAAACCGAAGACCUGCGGCAGGACCGGAGCAGACAGCAGCACGUCUCGGGAUGUAGCCCAGACAAGCUCCAUCAGCAAUGAUGUCAUUUUUUUGUUUUUCAAUAUACUGGAAUGGUUUUGUA